AUGUCGUGGGGCCAUGCGACUAGUAAAGAUCUCAGCCAUUGGGAGGAGCAGCCCAUCGCCCUUCUCGCCCGAGGUUUUCCCGACAAUAUCACCGAGAUGUUCUUCACUGGAAGUGCUGUUGCUGAUGUGAAUAACACCAGCGGGCUGGGGGCUGACGUCGCCGUAUACACUUCGUUUGUGAGUCUGAAAGAGAAUACCCAUGAACUUGCCCAGGUAAAUCUGACACUUUUUUGGAAGUACCCCAUUACGCAUACUUUACGAAGCGGGAAAUCUGUCAAAGCCAAUCAACAAUCACAGUCGCUGGUAUAUAGCCUGGACGACGGUCUGACAUGGCAAACCUACGAUUCCGCCAACCCAGUCAUCCAAACCCCCCCCCCCAAGCCGUAUGAGGACCAGUAUCAAAACUUCCGAGAUCCCUUCAUCUUCUGGCAUGAACAAACCCACAGAUGGGUUCUCGUCACUGCUCUUUCAGAGAUCCGACAAUUUGAGAGACUGGUCCGUCGUAAGCGAAUUCGGCCCUUUUAA